GUGCCUUUUCUUUCUCCCCCACCACUCUCAGACGGUUACCUUCUAAGAAAUGUGCUAACACUUUCCUUUAAAGCCUCUACUCUCGCACCCAUUUUCUUCCAACCAUUAUUUACAAAAUCAUAUUCGCUCUAGGGUUUUCAUCUUCACUCAAAAACACUUUCUCUAUCUAUUGUAACCGUUUUCAUCACAAUGUCUCGUCGCGGUGGAGGAAACCACCCCGAUAAUCGCCGGAGUCAACCAUCUCCUGCACAACAAUCUUCUGUCAAUGCUGCAGGAUCAGGCCGCGGCCGUGGACGCGGCUCGCGCGGUGGACGCACCGCCGGUUCUUCUUCCUCGGUACAUCCACCUCCUCCGUCAUAUGCUUCGGCACCUGUUACCGUUCCUCCAUCUGUUGCAGCACCGGUUGUUCCUCCAUCUGUUGCAGCACCGGUUGUUCCUCCAUCUAUUGCAGCGUCCGUUGCUUCCUCGAGUUCGGCUCCAAAUCUCCCGUCGCCGGCGACGGUUUCCAUCGAGACACUAUCGGCUGAAGUUAAACAGAAGGCUACUCUACAGUCUGCUCCAUCGUCUCAGAAGGCGAUUAGGUUUCCUAACCGACCUGAUUACGGUCGAUUGGGAAGGAAGAUUCAAGUUCGUGCUAAUCAUUUUCAGUUGCAAGUGGCUGAUAGGGAUCUACACCACUAUGAUGUAUCUAUUUCGCCAGAGAUUACUUCAAAAAAAGUGUGCAGAGAUAUUAUCAACCAGUUAGUUAAAAUGUAUCGGGAAUCCCAGUUGGACAACCGCAUACCUGCUUACGAUGGGAGAAAGAGCUUAUUUACUGCCGGACCGUUACCUUUUACUUCCAAGGUUUUUGUGGUUGUCUUGACUGACGACAAUAGAGGAUCCUCUUCUGAUUCUGAUAGGAAAAAGCGUGAGCGGGAGUUUAAGGUUACUAUAAAGUUUGCUUCCAAGACGGAUCUCUACAACCUUACUCAGUUUCUCCGUCGCAUGCAGCUGGACUGUCCUUACGAAACCAUUCAAGCUCUUGACGUUGCUUUGAGGGCAACUCCAUCUGAGAACUAUAUUGUUGCUGGGAGGUCUUUUUUCUCUCCUAGUUUGGGGCAACCGGGUCCUCUUGGUGGUGGGACGGAGUAUUACAGGGGCUUUUAUCAAAGCAUCAGGCCGACCCAAAUUGGGCUUACUCUUAACAUAGAUGUAUCUUCAAGAGCUUUUUAUGAACCGAUACUUGUCACGGACUUUGUUUCCAAACAUUUUAAAUUGAAUUUUUCAAGGCCACUGUCUGAUCAAGAUCGUGUCAAGAUCAAGAAAGCUUUGAGAGAUGUUAAGGUGAAACUAUCUCAUAGUGGGAAAAUAAGGAGUUGUAAAGUGACCGGUGUCUCAAGAGAGCCACUCAGAGACCUAACGUUCAUGCUUGAAGAUAAUGUGACCAGAAAAAAAGUUAUUGAUUAUUUUUAUGAGAAAUACAAUAUUGUCUUAAAGCAUCCAGUUCUUCCUGCUCUCCAAGCUGGAAGUGACUCGAGACCUAUGUUUUUUCCAAUGGAGCUUUGUCAAAUUGAGCCUGGUCAGAGGUACUCCAAAAGAUUGAAUGAAGAGCAAGUAACGGCUCUUUUAAGGGCUACUUGUCAGCGUCCUCCACAAAGAGAAAAUGAUAUUAAACAUAUUGUGAAGCAGCACCAUUUCAACACUGACAACGUUGUGAAAGAGUUUGGCAUAAAUGUUAGGGAAGAGCUCGCAUUGGUUGAUGCCCGUGUUUUGCCUCCUCCGACGCUCAAAUAUCAUGGAAGUGGAGGUGGAUCAAAAAUUGACCCUCAGAUGGGUCAAUGGAAUAUGAUUAAUAAGAAAAUGGUUGAUGCUGGCAAGGUGCAAUUUUGGACUUGCAUUUGCUUUGCAAGUAGAAUGGACCCAACUCAAUUUUGUGCUGAGUUGGUUAAUAUGUGUCGAAGCAAGGGAAUGGAUUUCAACCCAGAUCCUCUGAUACCUAUAUACCCUGGGAAUCCAAAUCAAAUCGAAAGAGAGCUUGUUGAACUUCAAAAGAAGUGCAAGGCAACACUUGAUAGGACAAAGCAGGCGGGAAGACUGCAAUUGUUGAUCAUAAUUUUACCGGAUUUUAAGGGUAAAUCAUAUGAUAGAAUAAAGCGUGUAUGUGAGACUGAAUUGGGAAUAGUUUCUCAAUGCUGUCAACCGCGACAAGCCAUAAAGAUGAAUAAACAAUAUCUUGAAAAUUUGGCGUUAAAGAUCAAUGUUAAGUCUGGAGGCCGUAACACGGUGUUGAAUGAUGCCUUUGAGAAAAGAAUUCCUCUAGUAACUGAUAUGCCAACAAUAAUAUUUGGUGCUGAUGUAACACAUCCUCAACCGGGAGAAGACUUGAGUCCCUCUAUAGCUGCAGUGGUGGCAUCAAUGGACUGGCCUUGGGUCACAAGAUACAGAGGAAUUGUUUCUGCCCAGGUUCACCGCGAGGAGAUAAUUCAAGAUCUCUUUAAAGUAAUAGAGGAUCCUCAGAAGGGAAAUCGGCCUGCUGGAAUGAUAAGGGAGUUGCUUGUGGCUUUCUUUAAAUCUACUGGGUGUAAGCCAAAGAGGAUUAUAUUUUACAGAGAUGGGGUAAGUGAGGGCCAGUUCAGUCAGGUUUUGCUUUACGAGAUGGAUGCAAUUCGGAAGGCUUGUGUCUCAAUAGAGGAUGGGUAUCUACCUAAAGUUACUUUUGUAGUGGUCCAAAAGAGACAUCACACCCGUCUCUUUCCUGUCAACCCCAAAGAGACCGAUAGAAGUGGAAAUAUUAUGCCAGGAACCGUGGUAGACACCAGCAUUUGUCACCCUAGGGAAUUUGAUUUUUACCUUAACAGCCAUGCAGGAAUUCAGGGGACUAGUCGACCAACGCAUUAUCAUGUGCUGUAUGAUGAAAAUAAAUUCACUGCAGACCAGCUACAGUGUUUGACCAAUAACUUAUGCUACACUUAUGCGAGGUGUACUCGAUCUGUCUCAAUAGUUCCUCCUGCCUAUUAUGCACAUUUGCUAGCUUUCCGCGCUAGAUACUACAUAAGUGAAGUUGAAAAUUCUGAUUCUGGUUCUGCAAGUGGAAAUAGGAGUGCCACCAACUUUGUGUUGACUCUGCCAUCUAUCUUGGAAAAUGUCAAAGAAGUAAUGUUUUACUGUUGAUCUUGAUUUGUCGUACAAGCUUCGAGGAUAGAUUUGGGAGUUAGGAUAUUCACCAUGCCUUUUUUUGGAUAUACUACUUAUGCUGCCAUCUGUUUUUUUGGUUUUGCCUUAUUUUGUAUGAAUGUGGGAUAAAACUACUAGACAGCUUUUGGAUAUUAAGAACAUGUUUGCCACCAUGGGUGGAUGGGCGUUAUUUUGUUUAGUAUUGGUUAGAACUACUAGACAGCUUUUUGGAUGCAGAACAUGUGGCCACCAUGCGUGUUUAUAAGUAUUUUGAAGUUAUUUUUAUA